UUACCUGUAAUUAAGUUGAGUAUAACUAUAACUUUACUAGCUUUAAGUUGAGCCCAAUAACUGCUUCUAUGUUCGAGAUAGUGUAACGAGUAAAAUAAAUUUGAACUUUUGAGAAAACCGUACUCAAUUUGAGAAAAUCGCACUUAUAAUCGCAAUUGUUUCCAACUUGCAAAGAAAUAUUGAUUUUAAAAAAAUCAAAAAAGAAUUUGAAAAUCGAGAAAAAUUUCGGAAAAAUUGGGUUUUUAAAGUCUUUUUUCACGUGAAUUGUGUAUAAAACAGACUCCGACCAGCCAUGUCGGGAAACGUGGGAAUGGAAAGCUUAAUUCCCAUCAUUAAUAAGCUACAAGAUGCAUUCACAAGUUUAGGUGUUCAUAUGCAAAUUGAUUUGCCUCAAAUUGCUGUCGUCGGUGGUCAAUCUGCAGGAAAAUCAUCUGUAUUGGAGAACUUUGUUGGCAAGGAUUUCUUGCCGCGAGGUUCUGGCAUUGUUACUCGACGUCCAUUAAUUCUACAGCUUAUGAAUGGCAAUGUCGAGUUCGGUGAAUUUUUACAUUGCAAAGGCAAGAAGUUUAUGGAUUUUGCCGAGAUACGAAAAGAGAUUGAAGAUGAAACUGAUCGAGUUACGGGAAGUAACAAGGGUAUCUCAAAUAUACCUAUCAAUCUUCGAGUAUAUUCACCUCACGUACUCAACUUGACAUUAAUCGAUUUGCCUGGUCUCACGAAAGUUCCAAUUGGUGACCAGCCCGUAGACAUUGAGCAGCAAAUUAAAUCAAUGAUUUUCCAAUUUAUUAAGAAAGAGACUUGCUUGAUUCUGGCUGUAACGCCUGCCAACACUGAUUUGGCAAAUUCAGAUGCUCUUAAACUAGCAAAAGAGGUUGAUCCUCAAGGUAUUCGUACGAUUGGUGUAAUAACAAAAUUAGAUUUGAUGGACGAAGGAACUGAUGCACGUGAUGUUCUCGAGAAUCGUCUUUUACCGUUGAGACGAGGAUACAUUGGUGUCGUUAAUCGUUCGCAAAAGGAUAUUGAAGGACGUAAAGACAUUACAUUGGCAAUGCAAUCGGAACGAAAGUUUUUCUUAAGUCAUCCAUCAUAUCGACACAUGGCUGACAAAAUGGGAACUCCAUAUUUACAGAAAACUCUUAAUCAACAACUUACUAAUCAUAUUCGCGACACAUUACCAGCACUAAGAGAUAAAAUGCAGAAACAAAUGUUGACAUUGGAGAAGGAUGUUGAGCAAUUUAAGCAUUUUCGUCCAGACGAUCCCAGUAUUAAAACCAAAGCUAUGUUACAGAUGAUUCAACAACUUCAAUCCGAUUUUGAACGAACAAUUGAAGGUUCUGGUUCUGCAUUAGUCAACACAAAUGAGCUAUCGGGUGGUGCUAAAAUUAACCGCAUUUUCCAUGAAAGAUUACGCUUUGAAAUCGUUAAAAUGUCAUGUGAUGAGAAGGAACUUCGCCGUGAAAUUUCAUUCGCAAUUCGUAAUAUCCACGGUAUUCGAGUUGGUCUUUUCACGCCCGACAUGGCAUUUGAAGCAAUCACAAAGCGUCAAAUUUCUCAACUUAAAGAGCCCGUCUUGAAAUGUGUUGACUUGGUUGUUAUUGAGUUAUCAAAUGUCGUCAGAUAUUGUGCUGAGAAAAUGAAUCGUUAUCCACGAUUGCGUGAGGAAGCUGAGAGAAUUAUAACGACACACAUUAGACAGUGCGAGCAAAAGUGCAAGGAGCAAUUGAUCUUAAUGAUAGAUUAUGAAUUAGCAUAUAUGAAUACGAAUCACGAGGACUUUAUUGGAUUUGCUAAUGCUCAAAAUAAGACCGAGAAUGCUACAAAGACAGGAACAAGAAGUUUGGGUAAUCAGGUGAUCAGAAAAGGUCAUAUGUGCAUUCAAAACUUGGGAAUUAUGAAAGGAAGCUCAAGACCAUACUGGUUCGUGCUGACAUCCGAAAGCAUUUCAUGGUAUAAAGAUGAAGAUGAGAAGGAAAAGAAAUUCAUGCUACCAUUAGACGGACUUAAAUUACGUGAUAUUGAACAAGGUUUCAUGUCACGACGUCAUACAUUCGCUUUAUUCAAUCCAGAAGGAAGAAACGUUUACAAGGAUUUAAAGACACUCGAGUUGUCGUGUGAAAGCACAGACGAUGUUGAUUCAUGGAAAGCUUCAUUCCUUCGAGCCGGCGUUUAUCCUGAAAAAGAAGCAGCACCGAAUGGAGAAGACGAAUCUGGCGAGACACAAACAAGUUCACUCGAUCCACAGUUGGAACGUCAAGUUGAGACAAUUAGAAAUUUGGUUGAUUCAUAUAUGAGAAUUGUCACGAAAACAACACGAGAUAUGGUACCUAAAUGUAUCAUGUAUUUGAUUGUCAAUAAUGCCAAAGACUUUAUCAAUGGAGAGUUAUUGGCUCAUUUAUAUGCAAGUGGUGAUCAGAACCAAAUGAUGGAAGAAAGUCCAGAAGCAGCAUCGAAACGUGAAGAAAUGCUCAGGAUGUAUCAUGCUUGCAAAGAAGCUCUCCGAAUCAUCGGUGACGUUACUAUGGCAACUUUCUCAACUCCAAUACCAGCUCCAGUUAAAAAUGAUUGGCUACCAACAGAGCCACAGCAGUCUAAUUUUUCAACCUCUCAGGGCUCACUCGGUUCGAUAGGCGGACCAACCAGUCGUGGACCACCUCCACCUGCUGGAAAUCGACCAGCACCAGCAAUUCCUAAUCGACCAGGUGGCGGUGCAGCACCUCCAGUUCCUGGAAGUCGACCAACGGGACAAGCUUUACCAGCUCCACUCAUUCCAUCUCGACCGGGUGGAGGAGGCAGUACGGGAAACUUACAGAACAUGAUCCCACAACAAAUGCGUCAGCAGAUCAAUCAACAAAUCGGACAAGUGGUCACGAAUGCAGCAAUGAAUGAAUUGUCAAAUGUCUUCGCCAGUAAAUUCAAUCGUCCUGGCCAACAACAACAGCAACAACAGCAAUAUAACCAACAAAGACUACCUAAUCGAUCGUAUAAUAAUGGAAAUUACUAAACUUUGUGUACAUAAUGUGAAUCAAGCAACAAAAAGUUAUCAACAAAAAAAAAAUAAGUUUGUGUAAGUAAAUUAACUGUGUAAUUUAAUCAGCAUUCAAAUGUGGUGAAACAAAAGGACUGAAAAAUUUUGCGACUGAGGGAGUGCUUUUGAUAUUUUGGAAAUACUGACGGCUUUUCUGCAUGAUAGCGUUUCUAGUGGAAUUUAAUGGACAUUCUAAUGUGAUAAAUCUUCAAUAUUAUCAGCACUAUUUGAUUGAGUAUCCUUUUGUUUGAUUGGACGAUCCAGGGGGUGUAUAUAGGAUCAGGAUUUUAGACUUCAAGGUUUUAACCGAUUAAGUAAGUUUGUAACGGUUUUCUUGGAAUCAGAAAAGUUCGAAAAUUUUGUAAAUUUCAAAUAUUUUAUGAACAUUAAUAUUCAAAAUUUGGAAAUUCGACCUGAAUCACAUUUCAUUUUAAUAAAUUAAAUUUUAAAAUUAAGAUGCAGGAUGUUCCAUAUUCAAUUGUGUAAAUAUUUUAUCAAUUUUAAGACAUAAAAUAACUAUGAGAAUGAAAAAUCGACAUUGUUAUAUUUUAUGGAUGGUUUUAAACAAGCUUUUCAUAACUUUUACUUUAAAAUUCCUUUUUUGUACGAUGAAUUUUGUUAAAUGAA